UUUUUAUUUAAUAAAAAAAUAGAAAAAAACUGCUCCAUGUUCAUUGUUGCUACUUUGAUACAGCUGUCUACAGUCUCUUUCCUUUGCAAGUUCUGCUGAAACAAGAACCAGAUCGAACUCCACCAUCCCCAAAUUCAGUUAUUGUUGACUUCGUGAAAAUAAGAUUCCAUUGUUGACUCCACCACCACACACCAUGAGCGUCAUCGACCUUCUAACCAGAGUUGACACCAUUUGCAACAAGUACGACAAAUACGACGUCGAACGCCACCGUGAAUCCAACCUCUCCGGCGACGAUGCAUUUGCCAGACUCUACGCCACCGUCGACGCCGACAUCGAGGCACUCAAUCAGAAAGCUGAAACUGCUUCUAAGGAGAAAGGUAAGGCUUCUGCUGUAGCGAUCAAUGCGGAGAUUCGUCGAACCAAGGCUAGGUUGCUUGAAGAAGUUCCCAAGUUGCAGAAAUUGGCUGUCAAAAAGGUAAAGGGGCUUUCAUCGCAAGAAUUUGCUGCCCGUAAUGAUUUGGUUCUUGCAUUGCCGGAGAGAAUCCAAGCUAUCCCAGAUGGGACUCCUGCUGCGCCAAAACAAACUGGAGGCUGGGCAUCUUCGGGCUCACGUCCGGAUAUUAAGUUUGAUUCUGAUGGGCGAUUUGAUGACGAAUACUUCCAACAAACUGAGGAAUCAAGUCGAUUCAGGAACGAAUAUGAAAUGCGUAGAAUAAAACAGGAUCAAGGUUUGGAUGUGAUUGCAGAAGGGUUGGAUACAUUGAAAGACAUGGCACAUGAUAUGAAUGAGGAACUGGAUAGACAAGUUCCACUGAUGGAUGAGAUUGACACUAAGGUGGACCAGGCAGCAUCUGACCUUAAGAAUACCAAUGUUAGACUUAAAGACACAGUUAUCCAGCUUCGGUCCAGUCGAAAUUUCUGCAUCGAUAUUGUUUUGUUGAUUAUAAUUCUGGGAAUUGCUGCCUACUUAUACAAUGUAUUAAAGAAAUGAAUAGAUGCACAAGACCACGGAUGUGUUCGAAUGGUUUCCUUAUAAUUCUUGUAUCACAAGAAUAUCGUAUCAAUUUUUUUUUUUCAAUUUUUUUUUUCUAUCUUUGUGAAAAAUUCUACUAUCUGAGAGUUAUACUGUCCUUUAUAUAAGCAGUCUUGCGUCUGCAGUUAUGCUCCAUAACAUUAGUAUGUUUAGUAGUUGCGGCUUGUUUUGUAUAUUUGAUUAGGUAUAUUAUGUUUAUACAUUAUGGAUACUGAUGAAUCUGGAAGAGUGCUUUGACUUGUGUUGAA